AUGUCUAGUUCUUCAAACACUCAAGGUCAAAACCCAGUCUUAGCUCAGAUAAAUCUUCGACAGCAUAAAAUCUCGGCCUUGAAAGCUCAAUUACCAAAGCCAGACACUUUGGACAAAUCAGACGGCAUGUUCAAGUUCACCCAAGAGCAAUUUGACGCCUUCAGCGCAAAGCAAUUGGGAAAGUUGUUCAAGAUCCCCAAAUUCUCUCAUUCGCUGUUGGGACGAAACCGCGAUGGUUUCUACCAAGGGGAACAACCUGAUUCCCCUACGAGCUACAAAAGCAAGGCCACACCCAAAUCUCUCCCUUUGACUCUGGUAGGGACCAUUCCGCCGUCAGUCUCAGGAGCCCCUGCAAAGUCAAUGGCGGCUUCAGCUGGGGCAGCUUCUGUCGACAAAGAUGUCUUGGAUAAGGGAAAAGCUCCGUUGCAAGACACCACCGCAUCGGCAACAACUCAGGGUUAUCCUCUCACCGGCUAUCAUGGUCGAAUUCGAGAGGCUGUCGACUCCUCUUCCUCGGGAGCCGAGAACGACGAUGUUCUCCUGCAGGAAGUCAAACCUACAUUACCAGUCACUCUGACCGACCCGGUGGCUAUAGAAGAAUUUCGUCAGUGGCAAGCCACCAGGGAUGCGGAUAGGAUUCGCUUAGCCCAGGCCCCUGAAGAAGGAGUGCCUUGGGAUAAGGACUACCACAAGAUCUGCAAGACCCUCGUCACCCAAAAGUUUGACAAAUUCGACGCAACUAGUUCCUUCAACGCUCAUCUGUGGUUCGCAAAUCUCUCCCAAGCUUUGAUGCUACUCAAUGUGGACAACAAAAAGGUUUCCGAUGCAGUCGCCCGUUUCCGAGUACUUCAGAACGAUGCUGCACAUUUGGGGUUCCACUACCAAGAAAGUACGGUCUUUCUCAGCAAGUUGCCCCCUGCUCUCCAACGAUACUGCCAAAGCGAGAUCGAACAAGACGCCCGUGCCGGAAAACCGAUGAAUUUCACUCAAUUGGUUUUGUGUGCUACGGACUGCAACAAUUCUUUUUGCUCAGAGAAUAACUCUGUCAAUGCUGUUGUAACUGCGUCGGCUGCAUUGUUGAACAACAAGCCACAAAAUAACAAGAGAAAGUCACCGGAUAGCCGAAACAAGUCUGAUCUUAUCUGUUACAAUUGCAACAAGAAGGGCCAUACCUUUGGGACCAUGGACAACCUGACUUGUCCUGUUAAACCUACUCCGCGCACUAUCAACUAUUUUGAGAAGGCUAAAGGUAACCAUUCUUCUUCUUCUGCUGUUGCCAGUGGCUCCGGGGAGUCAAAAGCUUAG